CUGGUGUACGCCAACCCCAAGCCCCAUCUGUGCACCAGGCACGCCUUCCAUCCCACGCUGGUCGACCUGGGCGGCGGCGAGCUGCUGUGCGGUUACGACGUGGGUGUGGCGGUGGAGGGCCUGGACUACCGCACCUACCUCGCACGGUCGCGGGACGGCGGCGCCACCUGGGAGCAGGAAGGACCGCUCCUGGACGACCGCUACGCGGACGGGUACACCCACUCGGUCCGGCUGAGCGCCGCCGCCGGCGGCCUGGUCGGCCUGGGAGCGCUGCACCGGCGCGACGAUCCGGGCGAGGGGAUCGUCAACCACGUCACCAUGGGCAUGGUACCGAUGGACCUGAUCCUGGUGCGCUCGAUGACCGGGGGGCGAGCUGGAGCGAACCGCGGGUGA